AUGUUCGAACUGCUCAAGCAGCAAUUCCCUCAGCUGUUGAGCUAUGGGACACACACUCCGCCUGCAGAUGACCAUGCUACAUUUCUUUCCUCCAUUCUUCAAGUAUACAUCGUUGCUGUGGAGCCACGGAAUAACCAGGCGAACUUGUCCAUUGUUCUCCUGGCCUCUGAUUGCAGUGUCUGCGCCAGUUACACCACACCCACACCGGUGACGAGCCCCCUCGUAGCUGUCAAGGCCGAAGAACUAUUCCAUGCGGCCAUGUUUCCAAGCUCUAACAGCAAUACCGUCAGCUACAUUUUUGGCGUGUUGCAGGGGGUGGAAAUCCUUCGAACUAGGAUAGCGCUACAAAGGGGGCAACUGCGAAGUUUACUUGGUGCUGUUAUCGGCUUCAUAGGCAAUCGCGUUUGA